AUGUUGUGUUGUUUCAUAGUUUGGGUCUUCGUCGUGAUGUGCCAAGCGAUAAUUCUUCCAAGCUGUACUGCUUUAGUGAUAAGUCUGACAGCCACUACCUUUUUGUUGACAUGUGCAUCUGUUCUGGUAAUGGCAGAAGAGUUUCACCAACUUCCAAAAAAUUUGCAAAAAACUUCUUCUAUGUUAGUUCAUAAUAGAAUGUCGCGAACAACUUUUAUUUGCGUCAUCGUGAUCCUAAUGUCUGCUGCAAGCUCUAUAAGCUUGUUGUUAUGCCAAAUGCCAGUUGUAGAUGAAUAUGAUGACGAAUUACAAACUGCUAUUACUGCUACAACCAAAAGCCAUCACGAUUCUUCGGAAAAUACACAAUUAGUUGUAGGUUUGAAUGAGGUUUCAUUAGUACAGCCUCUAUACUUAAUCGCAGUUGGUCCAUUGACUCAGAACAAAAAUAUCACUAAACCUCUAAUAAACGAAAUUCAAAAUGAGCUUCCUAUUAUACAAACAGAUACCGUCGUAAAAAAUAAUUCCAAUGUUGUUAAUAUUUUUGUUACUGCAACAAUACAUCAUAAUAUCACUAUAAAUAGUGAUGAUCCCAAAACGGCUAAUUGCACUGAUGAUUGUAUCAAACAAUUGGUAUUAGAUCAAACAUUGAAUUUUACCAAUUCUAAUCUUUUAGAACAAUCACUAAAUUUGACUAAUCCUCCUCAAAUUGAAAACAAGAGGCGAAAAAGAUUUGAUAUUGAAUUUACUGAUGUUGAAGCUAUUAAGGAGAGUAACAGAAAAUUAGCAAUGCGCCAAGAAGCAGAAAUGGUGCAACAAAAGCAACAAGAAGCGCCGAUUAUUGAUGAUGAGGAUGAUGAAGAACCAGAAAUUUUGCCAAGAGAAUGCAUUCAUCCGGAAUAUGUGGUAUUUACCUGGGUUUUAUGCUUGGUAGCUUUAGCAACCGCCUUGAAAUUAUAUUAUUUAGUGAAAACUUGUUUGGCAAUUAUAAUGGUAACCGUGUAUACCCUUCUGAUCAUGUUGGCGUACCCCGAUGCAUUUCAUGACCCAGUACUGGAAAGAAAAAUGGGAAUGUCGCUCUCUGCUCAGAUGUUGAUUCUGUUGGCUGUCUUUUUGGUGAUGGUUACUUACCAUGCCCGCUUAGUUGAAGUGACCUCAAGAUUAGACUUCUUGUGGAAGCAGCAAGCAGAACGAGAACUUGCAGAUAUGGUUGACACAAGACAUAAUAAUACACAGCUGCUUAAGAAUAUUUUACCGGACCAUGUAGCUCAUCACUUUCUUUCGGAAGAUAGACAGCCUGAUGAACUGUAUUCUCAAUGGCGAGCGGACGUCGGAGUCAUGUUUGCGAGUAUUCCAAAUUUCACUGAGUUUUAUUCUGAGGAUAUUAAUAAAGGAAUGGAAUGUAUACGAUUGCUCAACGAAAUUAUCGCGGACUUUGAUGAAUUGCUGGAUGAAGCGCGAUUCAAACCCAUCGAGAAAAUAAAGACUGUAGGCGCAACCUACAUGGCUGCUUCAGGGUUAAAUCCGACACAGGGUUGUGUUGAUGAACUGGAGCACGUAUGCGCCCUUGUUGACUUCGCGAUCGCCAUGCGCCAUCGUCUGGAUGACGUCAACACCCAUUCAUUCAACCACUUUCGCCUCCGGGUUGGUUUGAGUUGUGGUUCUCUGGUUGGUGGUGUCAUUGGUGCCCGCAAACCAGUCUACGAUAUUUGGGGCAAUACUGUGAACGAGGCAUCGAGAAUGGAUUCAACAGGAGCAAUGGGUUGCAUCCAAGUACCGCGCUAUACGGCUGAUGUUCUGUCAGCUCGGGGGUACCAAGUUCAAUCUCGGGGUCUCAUCGAAGUAAAAGGUAAAGGAAAAAUGGAAACGUUCUGGGUCCUCGGUCGCAAGAGUACAAGACCGCCGCCAUUCCAAAGACAGCCAAGCCAAGUCCAUUCUUUGGCAGCUGUGGUUUAUGGUAUGGUGCAGGCCAGAAGAAAGCAGACCAGCGCUGCAAAUUUGGCAGCUUCUGCUCGGGCUAAGAUUAACAGUGCAAACGAACAGAAACGAAAAGAUGAAGAAGCAAACAAGCAAGACAAAAAAGGCAACAAAGGUGGUUUUGGAGGCAGAAGGGUUGCCAAUUUUAGUUCAAUGCGAAUUUCACAGCAUACACCUUCGAAUCCUGUACGAAGAAAUACAACUAGAGCACACCAAAGAAAUAAUUAUGCUAGGUCACAGCCAAACGUCCGCAUGGAAUCUCCUGUGCAAGGAAAUGGGAAGUCCAUAACAAGUGAAGGCACAACGGCCGAAAGUGCGGCUGCCGCCCAGUCGCCGUCCUCCGGUAUCAGAGCGCCCGCUUCCGCGCCGCAUACACCAAGCGCCAAUUCGGAUUCGAACCGAUUUCCACGCCUUUUAUCGGAACCAAUCGUCUCCCGCACCAGUAGCGCUGUGAGCAACAUGGGAAGUGAAGUGAUAAAUGCGGUUACUGAAAGUACGAACAUUUAG